AUGAAGCUGAUCAUACUGAAUGACUACGACCAGGCAAGCGAGUGGGCUGCCAAGUACAUCAGAAACAAGAUACUGAACUUCCAACCUGGACCCAAUAAGUUCUUCACAUUAGGACUCCCCACAGGCAGCACUCCUUUAGGAUGUUACAAGAAGCUGAUUGAAUACCACAAAAAAGGCGAAAUCUCCUUUGAGUUUGUGAAAACCUUCAACAUGGACGAAUAUGUCGGACUUCCUAGAGAUCACCCUGAGAGCUAUCACUCCUUCAUGUGGAACAAUUUCUUCAAGCACAUCGAUAUAAGAGCAGAGAACACCCACAUUCUAGAUGGAAAUGCUGCCGACCUUGAAGCAGAGUGCAACUCCUUUGAGGAAAAGAUAAAGCAGGCCGGAGGGAUUGAGCUUUUUGUGGGAGGGAUUGGACCUGAUGGCCACAUCGCUUUCAAUGAGCCGGGUUCCAGCCUGGUUUCCAGAACCAGAGUGAAAACACUAGCGAAGGACACAAUUAUGGCUAACGCUAGAUUCUUUGACGGAGAUCUCUCAAAAGUGCCCACCAUGGCGCUGACGGUGGGAGUUGGCACCGUCAUGGAUGCAAAAGAGGUCAUGAUUCUUAUCACCGGAGCACACAAGGCGUUUGCUUUGUACAAAGCAAUAGAGGAAGGCGUCAAUCACAUGUGGACGGUGUCUGCCUUCCAGCAGCACCCGCAGACUGUUUUUGUAUGUGACGAAGAUGCCACCCUGGAGCUGCGGGUCAAGACUGUGAAGUACUUCCAAGGGAUGAUGCAUGUGCACAACAGACUGGUGGAAGCACCUACUUCACAACCGAAGAAGAACUGAAGAGACCUCUUAUUAAUAAGAAAUGAGCCAAAUAUAUGAAAAUACACUCCAAUCAUUCCUCAUCCUCUAUCUCCAUCUAGAGAUAGUUGUGAACAUUUACACUAUUUCUAUUGGUGCAGUGUAGGCUGUCAGGUUUUUAUAUUCGUUCAUGCAGCCUCAAACUUUUUCUGUUUAAUAAAAGGCUUGAUU